AUUGCCACUGGAACUAUUCCUGGUGUACGUGUAGGCCACAGUGCAGUAUUAGAUUUAGCAGUUCUUGAUACUUCAGUAUUACCUUUUAAAUGGACGAUUCCGAAAAUAAAAAAUAUUCCUCCCCCCGUACUUGCUCAUCAUACUGCUACUUUAAUUAAAAAUAUAAUUAUUAUAGCUUUUG